AAUAUUCUCAAGUGAACUUCCUUUCACGGACAUCUCUCGUGUUAAUACACGCUAUAUGAAUCACGCACAAAAUAUCACUUUAACUCAGGGCUUAUGUUGUUUAGUGAAUGUUAUUUUCCACCCAGAUGUGUGCGUUUAUAGGUGGUGAAUCACUGUUUCAACGUUAAAAGUUAAACUUUAUGCUUUCGUGUUAGAUUACUGUAUUCAAGUGUGAAUUGUAGACUUAGCCUUAACAAGGAAACAGCUUAUCGUUUAAUACGGAACAAAGUCAUCAGAAAAAUGCCAAUGUCGCACAAGUUGAUUUACGCAAUGUCCGUGUUAACUACAGUGCCUGGUGGCGAAGCAAACGUUUAUCCCUUCUUCUUUUAAGUGAUCCCUUCCGAAAUCCAGAUGAACACUUAAAAUUUGACGAGUGUUCAGUUCCUUUCCGUUAACAUUUUCUCCCUUUUAGCAGGUUGUUUCCAUAGUUACACUUUUCAUUUUGCGUUUCCGGCAGUAUAACAAAACAGUCCGUUGGUGACAAGCAACCAAUUUUUAAACUACACUGCUUAAUUUUUCCGAGAGAUUGCUACAAUAAUCGAGUUAAAGUCGAGGAGCUUUGGCGUCCUCUCGACUGUACCAUUGUCUCAUCCAACCAAAUUAGUAUAAGCUACUAUAAGCUGGUUAAUCUAUAUCAACGAUGUGUGAGAGCUGUGUCACGAGAUGUAGAGACAGGUCACGCACUCAGGUGGGCAUUCAUCUGUACAUUUUAGUAACAAAUCGCACAAAAGCAUUUGUCGCUAGUUCGGUCAACCAAAGAUCUCUAGCUUCCUAGCUUUUUUGAGCUUGGAGUAAUGGCGUUCAAUUGGACAGUAUAUUCACCCUACUGGAGUUGUCUGCAAUGUUUAGCGCCAAGCCCAUUUAUGGAAGUUCCUCCACGGAAACAGCGCCGAGAGCGAACAACGUUCACGAAAUCUCAGCUUGAAAUUCUGGAAGAGCUCUUCGCAAAAACAAAAUAUCCUGACGUGUUCAUGAGGGAAGAAGUCGCAAAUAAAAUCAAUCUUCCUGAGAGCCGAGUGCAGGUUUGGUUUAAAAAUAAACGAGCUAAAUAUCGACAGCAGAAAAAACAGCAACAUCCAAUACAAAAUAAACCAGAGCCAGAAAAAGGAAAGACGUCCCCACACCCACCCCCACCCCCACCGGAUCAAGCCAGAGCCGAAGAGAAAAUAACCAAUGCCCUCGAUUUUAGAGGAGUCACAUUACCGCAGGCGGAUGUGGCAGAGCUGCUAAAGCAAAACUAUCAAACUCUAACAAACAUCCAGAGGCAAGGAAGUUAUCAGCCUUCCCGGUCAGUCAAUAACAACUUUGAGAGCCUUCUGGCGGACCUAACUUCCGCUGCAAUGCAACCAGCCCAACUUCAUUCAAGCAAAGUGCAAGGGUUCCCAAAUGCUGCUAACCUUGGUGCGCCGAUCUCGAGCAAUAUGGCAAUUAACCCAGGUAUACAAGCCAAUUAUUUCACGUCGGUUACCAUGCGACACUAAUUUGACUGACGAAAUAUUAUAUAAAGGUCAAGAAAUGACCGCAUUCAGAACGAUGGAAACUGAAAAUAACAAUUUACUCGCAUAGAAAAAUGCCAGAGAGGUUAUUACGCAUUAUACAAAUGACAAAUGACAUCCCGGUCGCUCAUAUCCCAGAAUAUAGCAAAGAAUAGUCUUUUCCCGCAUUCAACUUCGGAGCGAACGUCCAAUAGCACCAGAGCAAGGCUGGGGUGGACAUUUUCAUAAAUUUGCUGCAUUUUUGUCCACCAUAACCUCGAUUCGGUGCCAUUGUUUGUUAGAAUGUGAGAAAGGUCUAUAGUCCUCUCGAGAUUCAACCAAGUUGCCGCUACAUAAAAAAGCCCAAGAAAGGAUCUGUACAGUGUUAGUCUCCAUCUCAAUAUUAGCAAAUACAAGUGAGAAUGAAACUAUCGAAGACUAUGUUCAUUGUUUCAUCUUACUUUCCUGAACUUUUCUGCUAGCAUGUGUGAUGUAUUUUCACAUUGAGUUUAACACUGUACUAAUGAGCCUUGGGUUUUCUUAUUCAGCGGUCCCUGUUAAGCCGAAACAGGGCAGUUUUAAAUUCACUUGAUGAGCUAAAUAUCGACAGCAAAAAAAAAAAAAAAAAAAAAAAA